AUGACUAUCACUAUCAACAAACAUGUCCCCAAUUUUGACGUCGAGGAAGUUCGGAAAAGAUUUCCAGGUAUUGACAAAGGCUCCAUCUGUUUAAACAAUGGAUCCGGUGCCCUCAUCUACAAGGGAGUCAUUGAGAGCAUCACUCGCACAAUGUCGGCUCCUCAUAUGAAUCUGCGUGGUCUAGACUCAAAAAGCAUGAUUGACGUAAAAGAGCGCACUGCCCAGUAUGCGAAGCUUGCUUCUUUCAUGAAUGCUGAUCCUGACGAGAUUGCCUUUGGAUCUUCUACGACAGGGCUUUUACGAACUCUGACCAACUCCCUUCGUCCAAACCUCAACUCAGACUCAGAGAUGAUUGUAUCUGUACUCUGUCAUGAGGCUGGUAUGACUGCAUGGGUUGCCUUGGCGCAGAGUCUGGGCAUCUCCAUCAAGUGGUGGGCGCCAGAAGGGGGAAUGGGGAACAACAAAGACCCCAAGCUCAGCCUUGAAACACUUCGACCCCUCCUGUCCUCCAAAACUAGACUUGUAUGCUGUGGACAUGUGUCAAAUAUCACUGGCACUAUCGAGCCCAUCAAAGAGAUCGCUGAAUUGGUCCAUACCGUCCCCGAGGCUAUGAUAUCCGUGGAUGGAGUGGCUUGGGCCCCCCAUCGUCCCAUCGAUGUGAAAGAAUUGGGUGUCGACUUCUACGUGUUUAGCUGGUAUAAGGUAUUUGGCCCUCAUAUCGCACAGAUCUAUGCUCGUCGCAGUGUUCAGAAGCGCUACUUAACCAGUCUCAACCACUACUUCUUUGACCCCAGCGCUUUACACGUGAGAUUGGGUCUCGGCAACAGCUGCAUUGAGUUUGAACAUGCUGUUACCCCCAUCAUUAGUCAUCUCGUCGAUUACGUUGGCUGGAACUCUCUUAUUGCGCACGAGGAAAUCAUCACCGCGCAGAUUCUCAACUAUUUGAACGCACAUCCGGAUCUUUACACCGUCUAUGGGUCACAGACAGCAGACCCCCAAGCGAGGGUUUCAUUGAUCAGCUUUACAGUCAAUGGACUCGCGUCUGACAAAAUUGCAGAAGUAAUUCACGAGACCUCAAACUUCCGACUUAUCACCGGUGAUUGUUGGUCUCCGCGUACAGUUCAUGAUGUUCUUGGAGUGCCAGACUAUGGCAUCAUUCGAACAAGCUUGGUUCAUUACAACACCGUGGAUGAGAUGAAGGCAUUUAUAUUAAAGCUAGACGACGUUGUGCAUGCCAUGAAACAGUGA